AAUCCAGAAUUGCUUGCUACGUUGCUAGGCUUAAAUGGUUUAAUCGAAAUAACUGCUCGCUUUAGUUGAAAACAAGAUUUUGUGAUCGAAUGUUUCAAGUUUUAAUAACAAAUUUUUCAAAUCUAUUUUUUAAAUGCUUUUCAAUUUCAAAAUUAUAAAUUAUUUUAUUGAAUAUGUCGAACUUUUACAUACAAUUAUCGGAUACUUAAAGUUUUCAAUAACCGGCAGUAAAAAAAUUAUUGUUGCAGCAUAAAAAGAAUUCAAUAUGAAAUUGUUGGUGUUACGCUGGUUAAAAGAAAAAGUUGCAAACAUCAGUCAACAAACGGAAACGUUUAGCUCCUCUUUGAUAUCACAAAGCAAAAGCUAUACGAUCACCAGUUGUACAACGAAAUUUGGACUACAAGAAGUAGCCAUCGAAGCUUGGCCUAUUACAGCCUGUUACAAAUCAAGCAUCCGCGAAGAAAACUUAAACUUAAAUUUUUACAAUAAUUUGUCGAAAGAUUCGACAGUAGCGUUCGAGCAGCCUUUAUCGGUGAGCACGGAAAAUCCUGUAUUAAAGUUUCAGUGCCUAAAGGAGUGUCCAGAACGUUUGAAGAUUCACUUGCUGACAGGCUCUUCAAACGAAGAGACCGACGGGCACAUCGCAACUUUUAAUUUGGAGUAUUUUUUAUCGAGUUUCAUAUCUGAAAGCGAAAUGGCUUCGACAACCGGCACAAGUAGUGCAAGCAAUACUUCAACUAAUGAUAAGCAACCGUGGCCCAAUUCGAAAGACGAUUAUGAAUUGCGCGAUGUUAUCGGCGUGGGAGCAACAGCCGUUGUACAUGCAGCUUUAUGUUUGCCACGUAACGAGAAGUGUGCUAUUAAACGUAUCAAUUUGGAGAAAUGGAAUACUUCUAUGGAUGAGCUGCUUAAGGAAAUUCAGGCGAUGUCAUCUUGCAAUCACGAAAAUGUGGUAACAUAUCAUACGUCAUUUGUCGUGCGAGAAGAGCUAUGGCUCGUUUUACGUUUGCUCGAGGGCGGAUCACUUUUGGACAUUAUUAAGCAUAAAAUGCGUACAACUAAUUGCAAGCACGGAGUAUUCGAUGAAGCUACUAUUGCCACCGUUCUGAAAGAGGUGCUUAAAGGUCUCGAGUAUUUUCACUCUAAUGGUCAAAUACAUCGCGACAUUAAAGCCGGCAACAUCUUAAUUGGAGAUGACGGCACUAUACAAAUCGCAGAUUUUGGAGUAAGUGCCUGGUUAGCUACUGGGCGUGAUUUAUCGCGACAAAAGGUGCGUCAUACUUUCGUGGGUACACCAUGUUGGAUGGCUCCGGAGGUAAUGGAACAAGAUCACGGUUAUGAUUUUAAGGCUGAUAUAUGGUCGUUUGGCAUUACAGCCAUUGAAAUGGCUACGGGUACAGCUCCCUAUCAUAAAUACCCACCCAUGAAAGUGUUAAUGUUGACUUUACAAAACGACCCGCCUACUCUGGAUACUGGCGCUGAUGAAAAAGAUCAGUACAAAGCUUAUGGCAAAACUUUCCGCAAAAUGAUUGUGGAGUGCCUGCAGAAGGAGCCGUCGAAACGACCCACCGCCAGUGAGUUACUAAAGCAUGCCUUUUUUAAAAAGGCUAAGGAUCGUAAAUAUUUAACUCAAACGCUGCUAGCUUCCGGCCCCUCUAUGGAAACUAGAGUGCAUAAAGCAGCAAAAAGACAACCUGGUGCUUCAGGACGUCUGCACCGUACCGUUACCGGUGAAUGGGUAUGGUCCAGCGAAGAAGAGGACAAUGGUGGUAAACGUCACUCCUCCGAUUCUGAGACUGAUGAUCGGCCUAUUAAUCGUUUAGAGAGAGCCGACUCUUCGGACAGUGACCGGGAAGAGCAUUCGGAAUUUUCUGAGCCUACUGCCACUGCUUCGCAAGCGAUUAAUCAACAACAACAACAGCAACAACAGCAGCAACAACAACAGCAACCGCAACAAACGCCUGCCGUAACAUCACCCAUAAUGGCACAAGCUACAGAGGCCAUGGCUCAAAUUCCCAUGCCUUCUUCUAUUGAAAUGGCCGUUACUGGGGAGGCCCCUCCGGUUAACUUGGUAUUACGUAUGCGUAAUGUACGCCGUGAGUUGCACGAUAUACGCUUUGAGUUCGCAGUCGGUAAAGAUUCAGCUGAGGGUAUAGCUGCUGAACUAGUCGAGGCAGGUCUCGUUGAUCCACUUGACACUCAACCGAUGGCCAUUAAUCUACAUCAACUAAUAGAGCAAAGAGCUUCAUUAAAAACUGUUACGUUCCAAUUAAAUUCGGGUGUGCAGCCGGGUGAGGUGCCCGAUGAUCGUUCCCUUGUCGGUUAUGCUCAAAUAUCAAUAACAGACUAGAAUCGACUGGAGCCUGAGUACAAGCCGUUUAAUAUAGAAGCAUUGUCUUCAUAAGUUUGUUCAGAAAUGCCAAGUUGCGAAUUAAGUAGAAGCAAACAAAGCCUUAGGGAGUCUUAGCUAAGCUAAUAAAUAGAAUUCGCUCUAUUUAUGAAGGGAAGGAUAACAUCUGUUUUAUUCAAUAUAUAAUUUAAAAAAUCAUUUCAAAUUUUUCAUAUAAUUGUGUCUCGCUAUACUGAACAUAUACAUGCAUAGUUAAGUUAAGGUAUUGGUAAGUAAGUAACAGAUAAUAACCUACAAAAUGAAAUAUAAUAAAAACUUGCAAACAAGAAAACGUUCGAAAAAUACUACGUUUUUUUUUUUUUUUUUUUCUUGUUUAUGCUGAUAUCAAUAAUUUUUAACGUACUUUUUUGUGUGUUUGUAUGUGUGUAUGUAUAUGAGCUCGAGGAAUUAAUUAUUAUUUUUAAACAUUUUAUGGUAAUGUAAUGAUUUUUUGAAUGUAAUUAAUAAGUACUUACAAUAUUAUCGCUUCUACACUACAAAAGAAAGUAAUAAUAUAAUUCUGCAAACUCUCUUGAAAAUCUGGUUCCGAAUUUCUAAAUAUGAAUCUAUUUUGAAUUUAAGAUUACAGAUUAAGAAAACAACGACUAGAUAAAAAUCAAUAUAAAUUUAAAAAAAAAAAAAAAAAAAAAAACGCAAAGAAAACGCAAAGAGGACGAUUAUAAAAGUUACUACCGAUUUCUAUCUUAUCGAUUGUUUCCUAUUUUCAGCGUCUUUUUUUCCACCUUCCCAACAAGCUACUAAGGCCAGUUAUUUCAAUAAAAGCUAAGCUGAUCCUUAAUAUGUUUACUAUUUUUCAUUUCAACUUAGCUAAAUAAAUUAAUGUUGAUAAACAAAAAAAU